GCGGAGAGCAUCUUUAAGUCCCAUUCGAGGUGGAGCCAGACGCCGAAACGAGCCUGAAGCGCUUUAAGAGGCGACGGGCGUUCGCGGGCGCGUUAAUGAUCCGAUUGACUGCGAUGAUCUGAUCUCAGUCCACAUUUGUGCUCAGAACCUGACGAGAGAGAGAGUCUCGGAGCGGAUCGUGCUGAAGAAUCUCCCGGGUUUGUGUCGAGCUGAAGCGCAGAAGCGUCUCCGUCUUCCCGCAGAGCUCCUCAGGUGGAAGACAACAACAAGAUCAACAUGGGCCAGAAAGGAGGACGGACGCGAUCACACCUCCUGCCUUUUCUUCUGGUGUCCAGCAUGUGUUUUGUGAGUGCCGAAUACUCCAGUUGUGGAGAAAAUGAGUAUUAUAAUUACACAGUCAGCAGUUGCCAGCCCUGCCCACAAUGUCAGCCGGGACAAGAGCCGUACAUGAACUGUGGUUACGGCACUAAGGAUGACGAUUACAGCUGCGUGGCCUGUCCGGCAGGGAAGUUCUCCAAAGGCAAAUACGAGAUCUGCCGUCGCCACAAAGACUGCGACUCGCUGUAUCGCGCCACCGUCCUGACGCCCGGCACUCUAGAGAGCGACGCCGAGUGCGGACCGUGUUUACCGGGGUACUACAUCCUGGAGAACCGUCCGCGUAACAUCUACGGCAUGGUGUGUCACUCCUGUCAGAACGCUCCUCGAAACAUCAAAGAGUGUAUGCAAUCCACGCCGCCGUCAUCGGGACGAGCUCCCAGCGUGUCGUCCAGCAGCACCACCAUAUUCCCACAUGCUGAGAAAGAUCCAACAGGACAAGGUCACCUAGCAACAGCCCUCAUCAUCGCCAUGUCAACCAUCUUCAUCAUGGCCAUCGCUAUAGUGAUGAUCAUUAUGUUCUACAUUCUGAAGACCAAACCGAGUGGACAAGCAUGCUGCUCUGGACAAAUAAUAAAGACGGUGGAAGCCCAAACAAACAAGCAGGAGGAGAAGAAGGAGGUUCAAGAAAACGUGGUGAUCUUUGCAGAAAAGGAUGAAUUUGAUAAGCUCAAGCCUUCGUCUCCAAAAGCAGCAAAGAGUGAGAACGACGCGUCAUCGGAGAACGAGCAGCUGUUGAGUCGCAGCAUCGACAGCGACGAGGAAGCAGCUCAGGACAAACAGGGAGCCGCCGACCUUUGCCUUCUGUCAUUGGUGCAUCUGACGCGGGACAAGACCUGCUCCACCAACGCCAUCAACAACAACAACAACAUCAACACCAGCAGCAGAGCCACCGGGAUUCACAGCAGAAGAAAAAAGAUCUUGGAUUUGUACACAAAAGCCUGCAGUGUUGCAGAGGGUCUGAGUCCGACCGAGUUGCCGUUCGACUGUCUGGAGCGCACCAGCCGCAUGCUCAGCGCCACCUACAGCACGGACAAGGCGGUGGUGAAGACGUGGCGGCACCUCGCAGAGAGCUUCGGCCUGAAGCGCGACGAGAUCGGCGGCAUGACGGACGGCAUGCAGCUCUUCGACCGCAUCAGUACGGCGGGAUACAGCAUCCCGGACCUGCUGACCCGUCUGGUCCAGAUCGAGCGGCUGGACGCCGUCGAGACCCUCUGCUUCGACAUUCUGGGCGGCCCGGAGAACAGCGUCCCUCCGUCCAGCCACCAUCCCACCCUGACGUCCCGCUGCGCCAGCGUCUGAGAGAAUCACGUCCUCGGACGGAUCUGGACCGGACCUGAAGUCUUUCUCAAAACAUUUGACUGGCCAGUUUGUGCAUUUCUGAAAUGGACGCCUUCACUGCGACACCGUUAAAUUCUGAUGACAGAUGUUGGAAAUGUGAUCACAAACGGCCUGAAACGUUUCUACACGUGAACAGACGCUUCAAGCCGCACCAGACUGAUUUGUUUUAUUCUCAGUGUUUCCACGAGAGACGUUUCAGUGAGCUUCUGCACGCUUACUGCUGCGACAACACACUGAUGAAUCUCACCUAGUUCAAGUUCAUCAAACGCUCCAAAUGCAUAACAAGCUACUCAAAAACAACACGUCUGUUUUAAGGCAAGACACUACAGGGUGAACUCAAACUAGUCAAAGUUUCUGAAAUGUUAUGUUUAAAUAUGCAAAAAAGGCAUCAUCUAAUUAAAUAUGCACUCAUUUGCAUUCAAUUCCAGCACUUAAAUCUGAACUGAUUGGAUGAAACCAGAUUCAUAAUUCUUUGAAUUUGUUGAAAUAUUCAAGGUUUUUCCAGAGGCACUUUUUAAUCACUCCUUAAAUCAGAAAACACUGUCACCAAA